AUGUUUGACCUCCCAGACGCAAAACGCGUCCGACGAGAGGAUCUCUACGAUUCAUCCUCGGACCGUCACUCCAGUCCAGAGGCAGACGAUGAAGUGGCAGCAGCCCUGCGGGCGAAACUCAACGCCCGCCUUGGCAGCCUCCUCUCACUGGACCUUGAGGUGGCCCCAAUAAACACUACGCCAGCACCAGCAACUGCACAACCAACCACAUCUACAUCCCCAACCAAACCUGCAAGGAACAACAACGACAGCGACAGCGACACCAACACCAACAGCGACAGUGACAGCGACAGCGACGACAACGACACCACCACCAACCAAACCCACCCCACCCCCCUCGACGAAGAAGCAGAAGAAGAAGAAGCCUCCUUCGCCUUCCGCCUCUUCGCCACCCCAACCACCACCACCAACCCAACCGCCGCACCGCCCCCACCACCCAAAGUAAUCCUCCUCCCCGACGACGCCGAGAUGCGGCACGACGGCCCGGCGCUCUCCCAGCGGACGCUGUCGCACCACCUGCGCGGGGAGCUGACGGCGCGCGAGCGGGAGCAGUUCCGCGCGGCGGCGGUGGCGGGGCGCGAGGUGCGCGAGUGGGCGGGGCGGAGGGCGUGGGGGUUGGAGGUGCCGUGGCGGGUUGUGAGGGUUGAACCGACGGCAGAGACAACGACUGCUCUUACCACCGAAGACACGAACAUGACCGACACCCCAACCUCGAACCCCGAACCCGAACCGCCCAAGCGACCACUUCUCCAACGAAACCAUCCCUCCGUUCCGCCUCCCCCAGUGCCAGCUGCACCCUCCGCCCCAGAACCCCCGAACCUCCAGCUCCAGACCAACCCCACCGACAACAAUGGCCCACCACCCCAACUCCAAGUCCAAGUACCCCUCGGUCUCCCCCCCGGCCCACCUCGAAACCAACCGCAGCAACAGCAGCAGCAGCUAAACCAACAGCAAGAACCACCCACCCAACCGCAAGACUCCCUCUCCCUGGCCCAGCUCCGGCGCGUGGUCGCCGAGUUCCCGCGCGCCGAGCCCAUCGCCUACGACUACGUCUACGCCGACACGUCCCCCCUGCGCGAGGAGAUCGACGAGUGGUUCAUGUACAACUUCUGGCAGUGGGUGCGCCUCAACGCCGCCAACCGCGCCUUCUACACCGCCUGGGUCCGCCUGUUCGCCCCGCCCGACACCGCUGCCGCUGCGGCGGCGGCGGCGGCGGCGGUGGAGGGGGGUGGUGGGCCGAGUUGGGAUGGGUUGGAUGAGGAGGGUGAGGGGGGUGGUGGGGUGGAGGCGGCGGCGGAGAGGAGGAGGACUUUUGUUACCGCGUUGUUGGAGGGUGUUAAAGGGGGGGAUCGGAUUGCUAGGGCCGAGGCGGUCGGUGCCAUAGUGUAUUUGGUGCUGGGGAGGUGGACUGAGACGGUCAAGGGCGCCGGUGUGCUCGACGCUGAUGUGCUCGAGGGAAAGGCGAAGUCGGCUGCGACCGAUGAACAGCUGGCGGCGAUGAAAGAGGGGGUGAAGCUGGUGGCUGAGUGUGGCGGGUUAGAGAUCGUGUGGGAGGUAUUGAGGGGCGUCUUUGAGUUGUUCUGGUCUGAUGAACUCCCGCAGAACGUGCAGAUGGCUGCCGAGGAGCUUAUCCAUCUGAUGACCGUCCUGUAUAUGGCCAUCCAAGAGAUAUUCCUCCUCUUCUGGAAGUCUCUCUUGCUAGUGUUCGGCGGCUCUGAAGAAAUUGCUGAGGCAAAGAAGGCCACUAGCGAGCAGACGGGUUGCGAGGACAAGGACAUCAUCACGGCGUCACCCCUUGAUUACCACGCGUUCCGCCAGGAGAUCACCUCCAAGUAUCCCGCCUACAUCCCCCCCCAGCCUCUCCUACCUCUGGAACCAGAACAAAAUACCAUCAUCCCCCCGCUACCCAACCACCCGGUAAGAAACAACGGGUCUAACGGGGUCCACCCCGCCGCCCCUGGCCUAGGUGGAGGGGCCUCCAUUCUACAUCAACCCGUUCACAUCGCCACUCCUGCUCCGUCGCCGCCACCAAGUCCUGGCGUUGGUGGUAAAGGCGGUAAGAAGCAAAACUACCAAACGAACCAAAACUUCCCCUUCAUGUACCCACCCCUAGAUGCCUCGAGCAACAGCGCGGGCGGCAAGGGCGGUGCUGGGCUACAGGACUUGUUAGUUGGCAGGAAGUGGGAGGGCAGCGAUGUGCCGGCUUCCAUCCUGGAGGCUGGUGAACUCUUUUCGAAGCGAGUGCGCAUGAGCCGCGCUACCCGACAGCUGUGGGAUGAACGCGAGGAGUUCCUCAAGUUCGAACGAGGCUACGAUGCGGACAGCGACAUCAUCGAUGAGCUUGACCUGUCAUCGUUGACCCUCGAAGAGAAGGAGGAACUAGGCUUGAACAGGCCCGCUGAUGACAAGCCCCGUGUCCCAUCCAACCUUGGGCCAGACUAUGGGCCGCGCGGGGUCAGUCAAGAAGUACAGGGGCGCUUGGAUGCCGUGGAGGAAUUCUACAAAGAAGCACUGCCGCAGCUUCAGUCGCUGGUCAUUGUCCUCCUGAGACAGAUCACGGCGAUGACUAGUAACUUAGCCUCGCCGCAGACUGCCGCGCCCCAAGGACCGCCCAGCGCGCGCCCAAAUGGAGGCCAGCAAAACGGCCCGAAUGGCCAGAACGGUGCUCCUAAGGGUGAUCCGUCUUCGCCACUGGACGCCGACGUCGACGAGCUGCGGAGCCGAGAAAUCGCUGCCAAAGCCGUGACUGGUACCUUGAUACUGCUGCUAAAGUGGCUCAAGCUCUCCCAUGUCCUCAAGUUCGAGUACAUGACCCAGCUCUUGCUGGACCUCAACUAUCUCCCAAUGGCGCUUAAGAUUUUUGCCAUAAGCAGCUUUUUCUACUUCUGCGGUUCCCGCGCGGGCGUCAUCCCGCCGCAGCACAGCGUGCCUAACCCAACAGCAACCGAAUUCGAGGACAUGAGUGACGAUGACGCCGCACCCCCUCCCAUAAAACGCAAGCGCUCACCCCCCAAUGCCCCCUCCAAAGGCGAGGCCACCUCCGACUCCUCACCCCCCGGAUCAUCCGACCCAUCCACCGCCACCUCAGAAACCACAGAAACAACAAACGACCCCCCUCCCCGGCCGGAGGUCGACGAGCUCGGCUACCCCAUCAACCCGCUCCCAACGGAGCCCAUCACCGACUUCUCCCGACGCAACUUCUUCUCCCUCAUCAACUACCUCCGCAUCAUGCAAAAAGUCUGCAAAAACCGCGCCCACCGCAACCUCCUCAUGGUGCAAUACAAGUCCUCCAACAUCCUGCGCAAAUCCCUCAAGGUCCCCCAACACGAACUCCGCCUCUACACCCUCAAACUCUUCAAAAACCAAGUCCCCUACACCGGCCGCAAGUGGCGCCAGUCCAACAUGCGCGUCAUCACCGCCGUCUACCUGCACUGCCGCCCGGAGCUGCGCGACGAGUGGCUGGUCGGCUCCGCCGUCGAGGACCAGGUCGAUGACGCCGUGCCGCUUGAACAAGCCCUCCGCUCGCUCACCCACUGGUCCAAUCUGCGCCGCUACCCGGACCAGAUGACCACGGGGGGCAAUGGGGCGGGCGGGGCGGCGCUGAUGCGCCAGGCGAUGAGGGAGGAGCAGGACUUUUUUGUGAGGGAGUUGGAGAAGGCGGAUUGGAGCUGGCUUGCGGAGGGAGGGAAUGGGGGGAAUGGGGGUGGCGGGGAGGAGAGUGGUGGGGAGGGGGGGAUGGGGUGGGAGGAGGGUGGUUGGUAG